GCUACAUGCUCGGCAUUCCUCGGCAUAGCUCGUUCAGGAGCUGCCCUGCUCUGAAAACACACCAGCAGAAAAACAGGGGGCCACACAAGGCUGAUGGGAGUCAAUAUGUAAUUAGAUUUCGGCAUAAUGUGAAGCAGAUUUUUUUUUUUUUUCUUCAGAGUUGUAUCUGUUGAGUCAUGACACAAAUAACUGCAUGUGGUGCAACUCCAGAAUCAGAUUGUGGUGAGACCUUGAUUUAUGCUGUAGGCCAUCUGAAGAUUGUGGGGGGGUUGUGUGCAGAUGUGUCUGGAGAGCGGCCAGGCCUUCUGGCCUGGGAGAACAUGUGGUGUGGGAGUGUUUAGGCUGGCGUGCUUUCAAGACGCCUCCCACACAACACGCCGGCAACGGUUGGUUCACAGCGUCAACAAAACCUGCUGUGACCUGCCGUGACCCCGACGAGUGGCUUAAAAAAACAGGUAGUGCUGACCACAACUAUCCUUGCAUUGUAACACUCAGUGAGGGCUGCCCCCACAGAUUCCACAUACUUAACAUUCUCCUUCGGGAGGUAGGCCCAAAGAAAACAGCGACGAAAAAAAAAGUCACGUCCGCUCCAUCGGCAAGGUUAGUUUCUCCAACGCUCGCCUGGUGUUUUGGGUGCCGCUAUUCAAUGAGAGUCGAUUGUGGACAAAGUAUCAUUUGUGAAUAUGUCGUUAUUUGCAAAAGUCCUCUCACGGUUCUAUUUUUUUUUUCUCAAAGUGGCCUACACGCAAGUCUCUCCAUUGUGUAAGUAUUUAGUGCCCCCUGCAGGUUGAGAAUAUUUAACAAAAAAAACGUUCCUCUCCGUACACAGUUCCUGCGUUGAACCAGGCGCGUUGGAAACGUUUCAGCUCUAUUGGCUGGCUGCUAUAUUCUCAAACGCCACGUAUUAGAAUUCAUAUCAGUUGAGGGGAAGACAAACAAACGAAUGUUCAAAUUUCACAAAGGCUCAAAGAACGUCACGGAACGUCCCAUCCUGCCCCUAUGAGCAGGCGAACGUCAAAAGCUUCUAAAUAAAAGCCUAGGAGGUGGCCGAACUCUGCGGGUGUCACUUUGCUGACUACGAUUGCCCACUUGCUUCAUAUCUACCAAAACCACCGUCAGAUGAUCGGACUGCAGAGAAGAGAUGCCGCUCGGGACGAGGCAGAAACGCUACGGCUGCCUUCUGCUUGCGGCCAUCGUGGUCGUGAUUGUCAUACAAACGGCUGCCAUCAUCUACUUGAUCAACAGGCCUCAGGAGGACAAAGAGUUGGGCGAACUGAUGGCGGCUUUGCUCGACAACUUCCCGGAGCACAACCGUACUGACUUUGCCCGCCACUGGGCGGCGCUGCAGACGUCACUCGGAGACCUGAAGGCGAACCAAACCUCGCAACUGAGCUCGAGACGGAUCCUGCUUGCCCAAGUCUGCCAGGAGAUUCGCAGCGACGAAGGGCUGUGGAAUCAGGAACUGAAAGAAAACCCGAGUUGGGCUUUGACGGGUUCUAUGACCAGCCUGCAGAAGAAGGUGGUAGAUCAACCUCCACUUAACAGAGAAGUCGAAGAUUCUAUGUCCAGGCUGCAGUCGGUGGUAGAUCUACCCAUACUUUACGGAAAAUUCAAAGCUUUCAUGCCUAGAGACUGCACUGAUGUCAUGGCGGAGGGACAUUUCCAAGAUGGAGUCUAUCUCAUUUUUGGCGGCUUCAAAACCUUCGAGGUUUACUGCAACAUGAACUUUGACGGGGGAGGCUGGACCGUGAUCCAGAGAAGACAGGAUGGCUCUGUCUCAUUCGCUCGUAAUUGGGACGCCUAUGAAAAUGGCUUUGGAACAAUAACAGGAGAGCACUGGCUAGGCCUGCGGAAUAUUUACUCUUUGACCGUCUUGGGCGGUUACCAGUUGCGGAUCGACGUCACCCAACAUGAUGGCAGGAAAUACUUUGCUCUCUACAACGACUUCGCAGUGGGCCUGAACUUGUUGGACCCCGUGAAGGUCGGCUACCCGCUGUUUGUGAACGACUACUCGGGAAACGCAACCGAUGGCUUCUGGUUGAAUUCUGGGAUGAAGUUCAGCACCAGAGACCGCCACCAAAGUCCUCAUAAGAAUUGCGCCUAUGACUCCGGUUGGUGGUACAGUUCCUGUGGCAGCACUGACCUGAACGGGGUGUACUCAAGUGGAUUCUAUAGUAGAGUGAAAUGGUCCAAUUUGGACCCCCUGACAUUCGUCGAGAUGAAGAUCCGGCCCAAUAAAGCACCGACAUGUCGGUGCUGCCGAAAGUCACACUAAGAACACUUGAUAAUUGGAAUCAACCUCCCAUCUAUCCAAGACUUGUACCUGUCCAGGACCAGGAUGACCAGGAUGUUCCUUCCUGAAUGUUGUUAGUCACCUAAAUGAUGAACAGAGGCUGUGAUGUACCAAAUUCCUUGUUUGGCACGCUCAAACAUGGCGAAUAAAAAUUCUUGAAUCUG